AUGUUGUUCCCUCCUCGUCCCCGGUGGUGGGAGCACCCCACACCCAAAGAGCUCACUUGGUUCAACAACCUUGAUCCACGCUCGAAAUCUGAAAUCUUCAGAUGGGAUAUAAACCACAAAUCCCACCCGUCCAUUCGUGCCGGAAUGGACCAGUGCCUCGAUUGUGCCGAGUUUGGCCACGUAAGACCAUGUAUCAGCACCAAUCCCUUCCCUCAUGCACCGCCUUACGGAGAUUGGCGCCGAUCGAUCAACGGAAAGACCUACACAAAGUGCAAGUUGCGCAUGACAGACGCAGAGCUUGCAGCUCUGGCUACCGAAGAAGCGCUGGAAGCACCUUUGAACCUGUCGUCGGACGAUCUCGACCUCCUCCGCUCCAUUGAGGAAGCUGCCGGCUGUAUCCCAGCCUCAAAUCAAUCUGCCUCCAGUCAACCUACCACCGAGGCGACAGCUCCCACCAAGGCGAGCCAAGCUCCUGCCGAGGCGCCCGAAGCUGCCUUCGACACCACACAAGGAACCUCUCAGAACGAAAACCACCCCGUUUACAUAGACUUAACUUUGGACGAAGAAGGAGCGGCGACGGCUAUUCAAGAACAUGCCAUCUCGAUGCCUAAUCACCACGUCGGCAUAGGUCGUGAGUCUUAUAAUAUUGCUCUCGCAGAAUUUUACUUACACCAUACUUUCUGUCAUUUAUUGGGCUAG